AUGAACAAUAAUUCUCUAAAUAAUGGAGUUAUUCCUUAUCAGUUGAUACAGCGUCACCAACACAAUAGUACAGUUGGAACGAAUAAAAAAGUUCCAGAUAUUCUAGUGAUUAUGAAUCGCAACUGGGCGCUGCAUCGAUAUUAUAUUCGACACCAGUAUCAAAUAUCAGCAAGUAUGAUUCGAAAAGAAUUAAUACGAUCUAAUGAGAGGAAUGAGUACGCUACUUACAUAAUGGGCAUUUUAUAUAGAAAAGAAGGAAAAAUUCAAGAAUCAUUAUAUUACUUCCAAAAAAGUUAUCAUAUGAAUUCUACAAAGCUUUCCAAUGUGAAGCAAAUUGCGAAAUCACUGUUCCUGUUAGGAAACCAUGCUCAUGCAAUCAACAUUUAUUCAGAGGCCCUUCGAAUUCCUAACCUUUCCAAUUGGCGCGUGUAUUAUAAUAUUGGAGAAUGUUAUUUAGCAUUGCAUCAUAUUGAAAGUGCAGAAAAGAACUUAAUAAAGUCUACGGAAUUGACAAGCCAUGUAACUCCUUAUAUAACUCUUGCCCGAAUUUAUAUAUUCAAAGAUGAGCUGAGUAAAGCAAUAGCAACUUAUAAAUCAGCACUAGUUAACUGCACUAUACAGAAUGAUGUGAUAGCAAAAUUAGGACUUCUGUAUCUGAAAAUAAAUGAUGUGCUAAAAGCAUUCCAUGAAUUUGGAAAGAUACUAUCACAGGACUCAGUAACGUCUAGGGCUAUGCUUGCUGUAGCAUAUAUAAUACAGAUCCACCGAGAACCUGAAAUCGCUAUUUCCAAGUUUAAACUAGCCGCUCAGAAUUUUUCAGAAUCUUUUCAAUUGUGGAACAAUAUUGGCGUUUGUUUCUAUGAAAAACAAAAGUUUCUUGCAGCGAUAAGUUGUUUGAAACGAGCUCACUAUUUCAACCCUACAGCUUCGUCAACAGCUUGUAUUUUGGGAAAAGUUCUCAUACUUACAAGCCAGUUCGCCUCAGCGGCUAUCUAUUUAUGUAGUGCAGUUACUGGAGGAACUAAAAAUUACAUUCCACUUUUAUUACUCAGUUUUGCUCUGACAGCAUUAGAUGACUUGGAAGGUGCAGAACAAAUCAUCUACAAAGCACAUUCGUUGGCUCCUCAAAAUCCAGCAGUUCUUGUGAAUUAUGCUAUAAUUCUUGAAGCUAGAAACAAUUAUGAGCAUGCGUUGGCAAUACUAUCUCAACUUAAUGAUAUAUCGACUAUAACUUCCGUUGAACCGCAGAUCACCAAGGCAGCUCAACUACUUUCCAGGAAAAUGAAAAAGAAGGGCCUUCACUAGAAAAAAAUCUCUAUGCAAAUAAAUGUAUAAAUCGUUCAACAAAGUCUAUCUCAACUUGUCAUAUUCUGGCCCCUUAUUGAAAGAUGUUAGUCGGGGCUCCUCUGGAAGAUUAAACUCGGCCUUUCAGAACCUUACGUUGAGUUUAAUAUAAUU